AUGAUUGAAGAAUCUUUAUUAUCUUUUAUUUCUUAUCGUCAUAAUACAAAUUUAGCUAAUAAUUCUGAUUCUCCAUCAAUAAUAAACAGGACUGGUAAUAAUGUUGAUAAUAUACAAAAUCAUCAAUAUGAAUGUAUACCAGAAUAUUUAUUAACAAUGAUUCGUCAUCGUCAUCUUCCAAUAGUAUGUCAUCAUCGACAUCAAAUGUAUCAUCAAUCUAGUACAUGUUCUCUAUCUUAUGCUACUUUUUCUCGAUUAUUACUUUUAUCUCGAGGAGUAACAACAACAAGUACAAGUGAUAGUAGUCAAAGCACAUCUUUUCCUCCACCAUCACUAACAGUUAUGCCAGAAUAG